AUGGCAUUCGAUAACCGCCGAGAGGAGACAAUGUCAACUUCAAAUGCCAAGACUGAUGAUUACCCGAUCCUGAGCCGUCCAUUUGAGUCUAUGAAAUCGGAGUAUGAUGUUGUGAUCGUAGGAUCUGGAUAUGGAGCCGGCGUGGCAGCAAGUCGUGCUGGGAAAAGUGUUGCUGUGUUGGAACUUGGUUGGGAACGAAGAUCUGGUUCAUUUCCGCAGACGUUUUCCCAAUGCGUGAAGGAUAUGAAUAUCUCGGGAAAUUCUACGAAGAAUGCCUUCGUGUCGAAAUGGCUUUCUUCUGAUGAUCCUACGCGACUAUUUCAGUUGCUUCUUGGUGAUGGACAACAUACGUUUGCUGCUCAUGGACUUGGAGGAACAUCCUUGAUCAACUGUGGUGUCUUUCUAAAGGCCGAUGAAGGGACAUUAAGGAUGAGUCCCUGGCCAUCACAGAUUGGAGAAGAUCCGUCCGGACUUGAUGAAUAUUAUUCACGCGCAGAAUCAAUGCUGCAACCAUCCACAUAUCCAGAAGAAUACCCAAGCCCUGCCAAACUAGAGCAUCUGCGAGACGAUUCACGAUGGCUAGGUGAAGAACAAAAUUUCUAUCGUGCACCACUUACCACAUUUUUCCACAGCGGCCGCAACAAGGCUGGUGUUUUUAUGCACCCCAAUCGAGGUUCAGGGCAUGAAUGUACUGGCGUCAACGAUGGGUCAAAAAAUACUGUGGCAACCAGUUAUUUGGCUGAUGCGUGGAAUUGGGGCACUGAGAUAUUUUGUGGAUGUGAGGUGCGGUUUGUGGAGAAGAUGGAGGGAGGAGGAUACAUUGUCUUCUUUGCCUGGCAUGGGAGCGGGAGGUCGGUCUUCACAAAUCAUAUCAAAGAACAACUGUUCUGGGUGAAAGCAAAGGAAUUAUGUUUCCUCGGAGCGGGAGCGUUAGGUACAACGGAAAUCCUGCUUCGGUCAAGGCAACACGGUUUGCAGAUGUCUCCUCUCGUGGGACGAAACCUCUCCGGGAAUGGUGAUCUGUUGGUAUUCGGUACAUUAUCCGCCAAAUAUAAAAUUCCAUGGCUGAUCGAGACUACAGGAUACAAUGGAAGCGCCGAUAUCAAUGGAAAUGCUGGUGACUCUUCGCGAGCUUCAAAUCCACCUGGUCCAACAGUCACUUGUGUGAUUGAUAACCGAGAUGUUGAUUCUUCGAGCAAUCCUCUUUCUGGAUAUGUGAUCCAGGAUGGUUGCAUACCUGAGACCUUCAAUCCGGUCAUCCUGGUGAUGCUGACAAUGCAGACCGUGAAGUCACAAGCAUUGUCGUUCUUUUUGAAUCCUAGGUUGGGGAUAUCGAAGUCUCUGGCUGCCAUCAGGGCUCUUCUGCUCGGUCCUUAUGCACGUGGUGGUUCUCUCCAGCGAACUUCAACGUAUCUUGUUAUGUCUCAUGAUAGUAAUGAGAUCACAUUAACCUUGAAAGAUGAUAAGUUGUGCUUGCGAGGACCGGCAGAAGGUCGAACUGAGCAUUUUGCACAGAUGAAGAGGGUUUUAAGGGGAUUGUUUUCGCGCACACGGGCAGAUAUGGGAUUUUCAUAUUUCUAUGGCCAUUACCAAGAAGAAGUCACGGUGCAUCUUUUAGGAGGGGCCAAUAUGAGCAGUGAUGGCUCAGGGCACGGAGGUGUAACGAAUCAUCUAGGAGAGGUCUUCACUAGCCCUGAUGACGAAGUAUACAAAGGUCUCGUGUGCUGCGAUGCCUCUAUUAUACCAACAGCUCUCGGUGUGAACCCUCUGGCAACAAUAUCUGCCCUCUCUGAGCGAUCUGUCAGCUUGAUCGCCAAGAGGUCUGGAUUUACUAUUGAUCAAACUGAAAAUGGCCCUCUAGACAUCUCCAGCAAGCCACAAAUGCCUCGCAAUGGCCAGGGUCAUCAAGAGAGCAUAGAAGAGAAGCCACAAUCCAUCGGAUGGCAGUUUACCGAGACCUUAUCCGGGUAUAUAAGCGUGAAGUCUGGUUUGGGGAGCUUUACACUCUCUGAGAGUGUAGGAAAAGGCUCAUCCUGCGCAAUGCGCAUGUUUAUUACUAUAGACAUCUGCCACAGUGGAUCUCCCUCACGAUACCAAGGAAUAUGCACCGGAACAGUCUCCUGCCACGUGCUAUCUCGGACUACGCUCAAAAUAGUUCAGGGGACAGUGGACUUUUUUACAGGAGAGGGAGAUGCCGAGUCUACCAUUUCAUACCACAUGAAGCUCCUUUCAAUCGAGGGCCUGGAGUAUUAUCUAGAAGGACACAAACUUCUCAACCCUAUGAUGGCUUUCUCGGUCAGAAAGACAUGGGAGGCGACAACGGCAUUGAAUGUCAAUAUCACUCGACUAGACGGGACACAGCUUGGGGCUGGUGCCCUUCAUAUCUCAUUGCUAGAAUUCCAAAGGCAGAUGAGGACGUUCCGAACAAAAUCCACCAGCAUCAGUUCUCUCCUGGCUUUAUUGGCAUUUUUGUUCUCUUUCUUGUAUCAUGUCAGCCUCUUUUUCUUCAUGCCAUUUGUCCCUGUGCGCUUCCCUCGAACUUCAUCGGUGGAUCAAAUCAACAAGAACCCGAAUCCCCCAUUAAUUUGCAAGAUCAAAGCGCACGAUGGUGUACCAGUUCUGCUCGAGGUAUACGAUUCACUUCUUGAACAAGGAAGUCAUGAACCGAGGCAUGCCAACCUUCCCCCGGUCCUCCUUUUACCGGGAGUCACCGGAAUCGGCGCAAUGCACAAUUUAUACGCAUUGCCAUUCCUGCACUGCAACAUGAUAGACUACUUCACACAAUGUGGACACCGCUGCUACGCACUCACUCCUCGCUGGGGCUGUGAUCCCAUCGUGGCCCAGGAAGCCACCAUCUUCGACUGCCGCCUCGACGUUGCAGCCGCCAUCAAAUACAUCCGUGACAAAGAACCACAGAAGCCUUAUGUGAUAGCUCAUUGUCAAGGCUCGGUAGCUCUCUGCAUGGGACUCCUAGACGGGACUAUCGCCAGCUGCGACCUUCUCGGCAUGACCGCAAACUCCGUCUUCAUGAAUCAAGUUUUCGGGUAUUGGAACUCGCUCAAAGGGAGAACCACACUGUUAAUCCGGCUAUAUGAGUUCCUCGCGGGUAAUUAUUUUCCAAUCAUGAGCAAUGCUGGGAGUGUCCUGUUCCAACGACUGCUUGAUAUUCUCCUGCGCUUCUAUCCUGUCGGACAUCCGCGAGAUCUGUGUACUUCCACUGCUUGUCAUCGGACUUCCUUUGCGUUUGGCUUGCUCUGGAAUCAUGAGAAUUUGUGCGCAGCCCUUCAUGAUAACAUCCAUCAAUUCUUUGCCGGUACCCAUACAAAGCUGAUGAAACAUGUUGUGGGCAUGGGGACCCAGGGGAUUUGCAUGGACAAUGACUCGCGUUCUCUUUUGAUCGAAGAGAAUCUGCAACGGCUAGAAGGGUUGCCUAUUCUUUUCAUCUCAGGUACGGACAAUCAAGUCUUCGAUCCGAAGUCUACCCUCAAGGACUAUGGGUUGCUGCGUCGACGGUUUGGAGAGAGGCUUUAUCGCCGGUUCUUGGCUGAGGGUUAUGGGCAUCUUGAUCCUAUUGUUGGGAAAUCUGCUGCUGAAGAUGUAUACUGGAGGAUCUUUGCGCAUUUGAAAUGGUGCAUUGAGAAUGAUAAUUCCGUCAAGGGCAAGUAA